AUGAACGAGGCGCAGGUCCGAGCGGACGCAGUCUUCGAGGGAAGAGAGAAAGCAAUGAAACAUGUAGAAGAGAUGAAGAGCAGAAGUAAGGAACUCGAGACAGCGAUAAACGAGGCCCGUAGCCAACUACAGGCUCUGAAGACAAAAAGCGAGGAAGCACCUGCUCCCUCUGUGGCCACUAGCGUCGCGAAUGUUGCCGGAUUGAAUUACAUCAAGAGUGUGAAGACUGCGUCGGGGAAGGGUAAGAAAAUAAAACUAAUUUUGCUCUCCGACUAAAUAAACGCAGGCUCAGGGACGGAGCGAUCAUGAUGCAAGCAAGGAUCGUAGCGAACGUGAUGCAAAUAAAGCUUUUUUUGACAACUUGGAUCACGCGUGCAAUCUGCAAGUGCCUUUGUUUGUGUGUGUGUGUGUGUGUGUGUCAGUAUUUUAGCUGAAACCUGAUUUUUAUACCGCAGUGUUGUUAGCCCUGAAGGUAUGGACGAUGAAAUAAUGAAGAUGGCGAGGGAUGAAAGAACAGCACACACAUAUAGACGUACACGCGGCACUACUGCCCUAACGAUCUCGUUCAUCUGACCGGCUAAAUAAAGCUUAUAUUGGAAAAAGAAUCAUAUUUUUAACCUUAAAAAGGCUACAUGAGUGAAACAUGGGGCGUGGAUACAUGGGGCAAUAUGUUACCCCAAACUAUAGAAGCCAAUUACGUAGUAUAAGGUUACUAAAUAUUUGUUUGAAAUAAACAACAAAUUAGAUUCACUUGUAAUGAGCUGACAUUGCAUGAAAAACACAUCUCGACACGUUCUUGGAAGAUAGUUUAAAAAAAAAUUUUUUUAGGCAGCUUUUUGACUACGGGGUCAUGUAGCGAUAUCUUUAUCCUCUGGAGUAAUGGGAUAACUGUAAGGGGGAAGACGACACGUAAGGAUAACACAAACACAGACACAUAAAACCAUACCCGAGGCGGGCCUCGGCCACGAUCACGCGAUCUUUCC